AUGACUCUGCAAAAAAUCGCCUCAGGUCCCGAGGUCGAAGAAGGAACUUGUGUUCAGAUUGAUCAAACCAUUUACUUGUUCGAAUCCAAGUGUAAGAUUCGUAUUUCUUUUGAGGGUGAUUAAUAUAUUUUGAUGCGUUUACUUUACCCUAAAAAACGGAAAUAACUGACUGAUUGAUAAAAAAUUGCAGACGAAGACCAGCCUGAUUAUCAUAGUGGACACAGAGUAAUCUCAAUUGGAUCCUCAGUGCAAUCGUUUGAUGUGUUUAAAAAACAAUGGUCUCCAGUGUCCUUAGUACCGCCAAUUCUAGAAAAGCAAGAUCAAGGAAAGUUGGAUGAGCUUCUAUUUUUACAUUCCGGGAAGCUGUUCUUACUUCUCUUCAAUCGCUUCGAGGGAUUAUCUCUCCACUCGCUAUGGAGAUUCGACCAAGAAAACCUUAAGUUUGUAAAACAUUCAGAUAUUCAUGUAAGUAAAAAUAUUAAAAUAACAUUUUUUAUCACCAUGUAACACCUAUUUAUUAUAGCAUAAAAUCGUUCCUCCCGGUGAGGAUAACACAUAUGGUAAUUAUCUGAAACUGGUGAGCGGAAACCAGUUCAACAUUCCUGCGCCGUAUUUCAUCGCUAAACUUAGGAACUCGAACCUCGAAAUGGUCAUCUUCCAUCUGGAGAUUGCGACUGGCCAUACGGUACCCGAGAUCUUAAAGAGAUUCCAAACUCUAGAACCUGUCGUUAGAGUCAUAGAUCCCUUACUGGUCUCCGCUCUUUUUUAUCAGCAUUAUAUUUAUAUUACCUUAGCCGAACAUGGAUGUGGAUAUAAAUGGAAAACGGACCAAAUAUUAAAGUUCAAUGUGCAUGACAAAGUUCUGGAAACGAUGAAUGUAAGUUUUAUCCAACCGAUGCUUACAUUACAGGUUGCCAACGAGCCCUUUGUCUUGGCCCUUCCUCGGACCGACUUUUUCUAUUCAGUAACUGAUCAGUGGUAUCAUUUUGGAUCAGGAGCGAAGGGUCCGAAUGGAAAACAUCCUGUGUUUGUCCUAAAGGAACUAAGUAGACACCCCACAUGGGUACAAUACGAAUUAGAUGUCGAUGAUGUGGGAUAUAAUGACCACUUUUUAACCACGGAUACUUCAACUAUCGUUACUUUAGUAAAAAAAAACUCGGUGUAUCAAUUUGAUGUCAACAGUUUGCAUUUUUAA